AUGUCAGAUCAAGAAAUCACCGAUUCGUCCUUUUUAGACAGUGACCGUUGGUACCCGAUUCGCAGCCGACUGAAGCGCAACACCGGUUCGGAAGAGGCGGGAAAAGGCGGAGAGCCUGCCGGUAUCGCUGUCCGCUCAUCGAGUCCCCGCAAACCCUCUUCAAGAGCAUCCAGCUCUUCCAGUAUCCUCGGCAGGUCAUUUUCCAGCUCGACUUCAUCACUCUCGGCUGCCAAAGCUGGCAAAAGCAAAGCAAGCACACCCAUCCAACGUUAUGACCAGCUCGUUCAGGACGGCGUUCUACGAGACGACACUCAUCAGCGAAACAUUAUCAAGGUCCUCCAGUCUCUGCACGACAAACUCAAGACCUACAAGCAAGGAGACGUUCCGGAUCCGGAAGAACAUCUCCAAGCGUCAAAAGGCUUACUCUCAUGGCUGCCCUUUGGCAGAAAGUCGAACGCUCACGAGAUCCCCACCAUCUCAGAAGACAUCCCAAAAGGCCUUUACCUGUACGGCGACGUUGGCACCGGCAAGAGCAUGCUCAUGGACCUGUUCUACGAUACGCUUCCGAGCAACAUCACCGCAAAGCGAAGAAUCCACUUCCACCAAUUCAUGAUCGAAGCGCACAAGAGAGCUCACUUCUACAAGUCCAAGACGCACAAACCGUCCGGCAUCGUGAUGAUGAUGUCAUCCGGCUCGUCCAACUCUGCGUCCAGCUCUGGCUCAGCUGGCGCGGCUCACUCGGGAGAGGAGAGCGAUGCCAUCGAAGCGGUGGCUCGCGAGAUGGCACACAACCACUCGGUGCUAUGCUUUGACGAGUUUCAAGUCACCGACAUCGCCGACGCCAUGAUCCUCCGCGGUCUGCUAGAACGCAUGCUCGCCUAUGGCGUGGUCAUGGUCAUGACCUCCAACCGACAUCCUGACGAGCUGUACAAGAACGGCAUUCAACGACAAUCUUUCCUUCCUUGCAUCGACCUUCUCAAAUCGCAACUCGGCGUCACCGAUCUCAAUUCCGGUACCGAUUACCGAAAGGUACCUCGUGCGCUCUCCAAAGUCUACUUUUCGCCCUUGGACGAUGCCAACACACGAGAAUUCGACAAGCUCUUCGAUGCGGCGACAUCGGAUCCACACGACCCCGUCAUCUCAAACCGACCACUCAAGAUCUGGGGCCGAACGCUGCUCGUCCCGCAAUCCACCCAACGAGUCGCCCGCUUCACCUUUGACGAACUCUGCGGUCGUCCCCGCUCCGCAGCCGACUACAUCGAGAUCUGCAACAACUUCAACACCAUCUUUGUCGACGACGUACCCAAAAUGGGUCUCAACCAACGCGACCUCGCCCGACGAUUCAUCACGUUCAUCGACGCAGCCUACGAGAGCAAGACCAAGCUGCUGGCGUCGAGCGAGGUGCCCAUCUUGCAGAUCUUCAGCGGCGAUGCGGGCGAGUCGAAACCGACGGCUGCGGCAAUGAGGUCGUUGAUGGACGACCUCGGUUUGACCAUGGACGACCUGGGUGGUUCGCCCAUCUUCACGGGCGAUGAGGAGCUGUUCGCUUUUGCGAGGGUUAUCUCAAGGUUGACGGAGAUGGGUUCGAGGCAGUACGCCGAGAUGGCCAGUACCGCAGGUACAGAAGCACCGCCAGAGUACUAG